CUCCUCCUCCUCCUCCUCCUCCUCCUCCUCCUCCUCCCUUUCUGAGCUCGGGAGCGAUCGCGCCAGGUGCGAUCGGUGUCAUAGACUUCCACGAGUUCCAGGUGGCUUGGAAGGCGAACGGGCGCGAGUUCUUCGUGAUGGCCGCCACCUUCCUCGUGGCGCUCGGCGUGGGGGUGAAGUGGGGCCUCGCCGCGGGGUUCCUCCUCUCCAUCCUGGUGACGAUGUACGAGCUCUCCAACCCGAACAUGGUCGUCACCGGGAGGCUGCCGAACGGAGUCUUCCGAGACAUCCGGCACUUCCCAGAUGCAGAACAGCUGCCCAACGCGGUUGUCGUCCGAAUGGAUGAGGGGGUGCCCCCCGCGUACGAGGAAGCUGCGGGAGUUCUGCGCCCGCGUGCUGCAGCUGCGCAUCCAGCAGCAGUUCAAGAUCAAGUUCAUGAUCAUUGACGCCAGGGCCAUGAACGCAAUCGAUCUGACCGGCUGCUCCAUGCUCGAGAUCCGCGAGAGCUGCUACACGAACGGCGGCGUGAAGCUCGUCGUCGCGGGCCUGAAGGCGCCAGUGGCCAGAAGCCUGAUUCGGGCGGAGGUGGACAAGGUGGUCAAGAAGAGCUCUGGGUGACGUCACGCUGGAGCAGGCCGUCGAGAUCACACAAGGCAAGACGAACAUGCGCAUGUCCAAAGACCUGAGAGCGCUGGUCGCUGCCCACGACGAAGCGAUGGAUGUGUUGGGCUCGCACAACCCGGGCUUCUUGUCGAGCUUCAAGGGCAGGGCAAAAGGACCACCUAUCGCAGACUCUGGCGACCUCCGUAGGGACUACGGCGGGGCGCGCGAGCCCCAGUCCUCCGCCUGCAAGGUCAUCGCGGAGGGGGAGGAGGAGGAACCGCCCGAGGA